CAGCAGCAACACCUUCACCUACAGCAGCAACACCUUCACCUACAACAUCUUCACCUACAACACCUACAACAACAACACCUGUGGACAGUCCCGCUCAGCAGCUGAACAACAGCGUCGACAGCGGCAUCGCCGUUCUCGACGUGGAUCAUCAGGCACUGAAGCGGCGUCAGCGUCUGCAGCAAUGCCAACGGAUUCUGCAGCUGCUGCAGCGCGAUCAGCCCACAUAUCAAGAGCUGCGCGAUAGAUUAAGCAAAUUAGUCAAUAAGAAGCCGAAGAAGUCGACAGCCAGCGAGGAGCAGUCCAACUGCAAUGUCUGCUGUGCAGAAUUGGAUUUGAGCAGUGCCAAAAACUUUGUCACAUGUUGCACGUGUGGCAAGCAGGUGUGUCGCGGCAUCAAGUGCGCCAAUUGGCUGCCCAAGGCAGCGCAAUGGGUGUGCGAAUUGUGCCACAGCUCGAAGCAGUCGCUGGAGCAAACUUCGUCCUGGGUGGCCGAGCAGAUGUCCUUCAAUCAGCAAAAGUUCGUCUAUCCAUUGCGAGCACGCAGCGAAAUCUAUAUACCCAUCAGCUCCGAACUCGCCGACAGCUCGAUGCAGUUCGAGAGCGUCAGUCAGGUUGGCAUGAACUCGACUAUAAAUGCGGAUGAGCGCAGCAGGAUUAGGGAAUAUGUUGAGGAAAUCGUAGCGGAAAUGCUCGGCGGUAAUCUCGAUCACAUCAAAGUCGGUCAAUUGUCCAAGAGCGAGAACUACCUGCAGCUGUUUGAUAAAUUUCAUGCGAAAUUAAGCAAUAUGUUUAUCAAUAUGGAGAACGCUUUGUGCGCACGUGCCUACAAAGGAGACUUGCCAGCCAUUGUCAAUGGCCAUAACAACAACAACAACAAUAACAGCAACAGCAACAACAAUAAUAACAACAAUGAUCAACUGGCUGACAUAUCUCAGACACGUCUGCGCACUCUCAUCGAGAGCAUCAUUGCGGAAACUCUGCGCAGCGGCAGCAACUCGCUCAUGACUCCAACGGGCGCCGUCUCUGAGAUUAGCUUGGAUACACGCUCCAAUGGGCAGCUAUCGGGCUUUCAUAAUAACAACAACAACAACAACAAGAGACGCCAUCGCACCGAACACUAUUUCGAGCCAAAAAUCUAUCAGGAUCUAUUGGCCACAGCGGUGCUGAAUAAGAUUGCGGACAAGGAGGGCAAUACGAGGCUUAUAUCGGAGAGUACGCCGGAUUUGAGUGCUCGCAACAUUGAUGAGAAUUACAAUGCGGAAGCUUUGAGCACUACGUCUGACAGUUCCAUUGAGCCGCGCAGCGAUUGCAGCCUAACGGAUCAUGAACUGGGACUCAAUACUGGCAAAUCCGAGAAAAUUGCUGGCUUGCAGUUGGAUCUGGAGCGUGAAUCGGUUUUGAGUGACUAUAUAGCUGCUCACAUGGUGCCAUUGCCCGAUUUUUCAGCGUCCGUUACCGAAUCAGAAGAUGAUAUUAUGUCCAUGACAUCGAGCAUGGUCGGCGAUGGCACCUGGGAGGAUAAUUGGCUGUUCAAAAAGAAGCGCAGCACCCUGCAAAGUUCGGCCACACCGAGCAGCAUUGGGAUGCUGGUGCCCGCUCCUAAAGAGAAUAUUCGUGCUCAGAUUGGUGAUCGAACGGCCGACGAGGUUAGCGAUCUGUCCGAAAUGGGUUCCGAUGCUGAGGAAACAUCCAUGGAUUUGUUGCGUUGCGACACUGAGCUGAAUGAUCGGCUCUUGAGCAAGCAUCUAAUCGGCGGACAGAAUACAAAACUAGUGCUGGAUGAGCUAGUGGAUCGCACAAGUUUGACCUCAAACACCUUGCCAGCGGAAAAUGAACCGGCUUUCACCGAGACCACUAAUCCGCUCGUUCAACAGCCCACGAAGACAUCGAAGCUGUUGGUACCGCCGCCUCCAACGAGUUUUCAAGAUGAUGAAGAAGAGAUAGAAGAUCCUGGCCAGAAACUCAUCGCAGCAGAUGACCUCAGCGAUCUCAGCGAGGGCAUAACAGGCUUCGGUGAUGUUGAAUAUCUAGAGGACAGUCAGUCACAUGAAAAUACUCCUUCGGUUAUUGAGAUACUAGCAGCCAUGGCACUGGGGCCCAUGCUCGCUGUUCCGGCAUCCGAUCAGCCUCCUGUUAUGACUGCCACGGAAAUUCAUACACUCCAGGAGCUGAGUGAUUUGGCUCUGGCCGAAAUUAACUCCCGCACAAUGGAGCUAGUUCAGCACUCUCUGGACAUUAUUGACGAGGAGGAAGGAGUCACGGAAGCACAAUCUACAUCUGAAGUCGCAAACUCUCAAACUGUUGCUACUGCCCAAGCUAUUCCACAGGUCGAGGAGAUAAUUAAAACACCCCAGGAUAUAGCUACCACCGAGGAGUCUUCAGUUAAAAGCAUAUCUAAAUUUCAAUUUCCCAAUAUUGAAAGCUCAGCAGAAACGGAACUUAAAUCUAAGCAAAUGUUAAUGUCUGCACACGCAAUUAAUGAAAUUGCUAGUGCAAUCAAUACACCAGAACCACAUUUCUCCGAUUCAGCUCCACACACAAACAAAGUUAGCGCUUUAAUUGGAGUAUUUGAAAUGCACGCAGCUCCACGAAGGUGUUCGCUACCCAUAAUUGAGAGAGGAACAGCUAAGACUGAAGAAGCUCUAGUAACUCCAAAGCAUAAAAUAACUCCAGCAAAACUCAGUGCUACUUCUGAAAAGGUUACUCCAGCAGGAGUAAGUGCCACUACUUGGAAAGUCCCAGCACCAGUGGUUGAACUUCCAAAGGAGGUAGCUCCAGUUGAUGUAACUGCUACUGAAGGGAAAUCUCCAGCACCAGUAGAGAAUAUUUCGCCAGCAGACAUACCUAUAGUUCCUGAUAAUAUUAGUACAGCUCAAUUAACAACGACUGAGGAAGUUGCUCCAGCUGAACUGAGUACAGCUCCAACGGAAUUCAGUCCAGUAGAGAUAACUGCUGCUGAAGUGAAAGCUCCUGCAGUAGCAACAGAGACCGUUUUUCCAAUUGAAGUAAUUGCAGCUCCAGUGGAAUUUACUCCAGAAACUGCUACAGAAGUUCCUGUAGUAACUGCACCUCCAGAGGAAGUUCCUUCAGCUGAAGUAACUGCUACUGCAGAAGAAAUUUUAGAAAACGAAGGAGUAGUAACUACAAAACAAGAAAUAACUCUCGUAGAAACAACUGCAGCGCCAGCUACUAUAGCUGAUGUAACUCUAGUUUCAGAGGAUAUUACUCAAGCAAAAGUAAUUGCUCCUGAAAAGGAAAGUUCACCAGCCACAACAGAUAUCCUUACAGCUGUAAUAACAGAAGUUACUUCACUAGAAAUAGCUGACACUCCAGUUAUAGCCUCUGAAGAAGUAUCUCCACUAAAUGUAAAUACAGACCCAGAGGAAGUUACUCUAGCCGAUGAAUCUACAACGCCAAAGGGAAUUAUUUUACAAAAUAAUAGUCCAGAAAAAGUUAUUCCAGCAGAAGUCACUACAGAGUUGGCUGCUGCAGCAGAAAAUACUUCCAUUAGAAAAGAAGUUACUCCAGCAGAAGUAACAACUGUUCCAGAUACUCAAGCAGCCGCUCCUUUAAAUACAGAGGAAGAAAAUUCAAAGGAAGUUACUAACGCAGAAGUCACUACAAUUCCAGAAGAAGUAACUCCAGCUGAACAAACUACAACUUCAAAGCAAACUACUCCAAAAGAAGUCACUACAGUUCCAGAAGAAGUUACUCCAGCUGGAGAAUCUACAGUUUCAGAGGAAACUACUCCUGCAGAAGUAUCUAUAGCUCCAGAGGAAGUUACUCCUGCAGAAGCAACUACAGCUCCAAAGGAAACUACUGCAGCAGAAAUAACUCCACCUCCAGAGGAAAUUAUUGCAGCAGAAAUAACUACAGCUCCAGAGGAAAAAACUCCUGCAGAAGUAACUACAGCUUUAGAGGAAGUUACUCCUGCAGAAGUAACUACAGCUCCAGAGGAAAUUACUGCAGCAGAAAUAACUACAGCUCCAGAGGAAAAAACUCUUGCAGAA